AUGGUACUCAACCCACCAGCUGUGGCUCCGAAUGCCAGUACUCCUCUGUUAGGUAGCGCGACGCAGGUCAAGUACCAAACGACGCAUGAUGAAGGCGAGGAAACCACGAUAGUUCAACAAGAUAUGCCAUUGGCAAAGCUCGUUAUUAUAAUGUGUACAGCUUGGUUGGGUAUUUUCCUUGCGGCCAUCGAUUCCACAAUCAUUGCCACCCUAUCCGGACCUAUCAGCAGCGAAUUCAACUCGCUGCAGAUGUUUUCGUGGGUCGCUGCAGCCUACCUGAUCGGGAACGCAGCAUCUCAGCCUCUAUGCGGCCGGUUUACUGAUGUCCUGGGGCGCGGUCCUGGGCUUGUGGCCAGCAACAUUCUUUUUGCCGCUGGGAAUCUCGUGUGCGGCGUGGCGCGGGAUCAGUAUACCAUGAUUCUCGGGCGCGCCGUUGCGGGUAUCGGCGGGGGAGGUCUCGUUUGCAUCGCGACCUUUUUGGCAUCAGACUUAGUUUCUCUGCGCCGAAGGGGUCUGUUCCAGGGGAUCGCAAAUUUAUGGUAUGGUAUCGGAGGCAUGGUCGGUGGUGUGGCUGGUGGCUUCCUUCACGACCAUACAGCAACGGGCUGGAGACUGGCGUUCUUCAUCCAGGUGCCCCCCGCGGUUUUCUGUGCCGUGGCGGUAUACUUCCUGGUAGAAAUUCAGCCGAAACAAUCCAGUAAAUGCUUGCUCGCCCGCAUUGACUACCUCGGAGCUCUACUCACAGUUGCAUUCGUUGUGAUUUUGUCGCUAGGGCUCAGCUCCGGCGGGAGUAUAGUACCAUGGACGCACCCGUUGCCCUUGACUGCGGUGCCUAUGUCUCUUGCUAUCUUGGCGCUUCUCAUCAGAAGGGAAAGACGAGUAGAGCAGCCAAUUAUCCCUGUGAGACUUCUCUCAGACCAGACAGUCUUUGCGUCAUUCUCCAUCAGCUUUCUCAGUGUCAUGAUCAUGAUGGCAGCAACCUUCUACGUACCUCUCUUCCUCCAGGUGCGGGGCGAGUCAGCGACGAAGGCCGGGAUCAAAUUGCUAUUUUCCCCCGCCAGCAUGCCGCUGGGGGCACUUGGUGUUGGACAUGUUAUGAAACAGACUGGGCGAUACGUCGGAUUGACUGCUUCAAGCAUAAUCGCCAUGGGCUCCGGUGCCCUCAUAUUUACUUUCCAGCAUGAGAGCAGCCGAGACUGGUUGACUUACACAGGCCUGUUUCUGCUUGGGGGCGGGUACACAGCGGUGCUGACCACCACACAGAUAGCGUGCAUUGCGGCGGUGGAUCAUGCGCAACAGGCUGUUGCCACUUCGACGAUAUACCUGGCUCGCAGUCUUGGUGGUACCAUCGGCCUCGCCGUAGCAUCUGCGGUGUAUCAAAAUACGCUCAGCAGUGGGCUUUGGGAAAUCUUCGAGGGAAGACUAAAUGCGCGUGGCGAGAUUCGUCGGCUCCUGGACGAUCUAAGUUACUUGGAUCAGCUCCCAGCAGAAUGGCAUAAAGGCGCUAUCAGGGCAUUUAUGGGCGCUUUCCACGCCACCUGGCUGACAAUGAUUGUUUGGGCUCUGCUCACUCUCAUAUGCGUGCUUCCAAUGAGGAACCACAAGCUUCAUUCAACUUUAAGACGAUAG